AAACGGCUGCAUUUCUAUCACUUCAGCUCUUUGUUUUUUGAAAAGCCAAAAGAAGAGAAAGAAAAAGAGAAAACAGCAGAAAAUGAAGCAUUUCAUGUUACCAAGAAACACGAUCUUGAGAGAUCAGAUGGAGAAUGCUUCUUCCCCAAACCCUACCCCCAAAUCCAAACGAAAGCAUUCCAAAUCAUCUAAGGAGAACGCUCCACCGCCAGAUCCAAACACUCAACUCUCCCCCGCCGCGACAGCUAAGAUCAAGUGCCCUUUGCCACCUCGUCCCCCGUCCUCUAACCCUCUCAAACGCAAGCUUCUCACGGAAACCCUCCAAGAAAAUCCCAUCUCUGGAGCUUCUGAUUCCGGUGUCAAGGUGAUUGUACGGAUGCGACCACCGGUUAAAGAAGAGGAAGAAGCGGAAUCGAUUAUUGAGAAAAUUACUGGUGAUUCUUUGAGCAUCAACGGACAGACCUUCACUUUUGACUCAGUUGCCAACACGGAUGCAACUCAGUAUGAUAUCUUCCAGCUCGUAGGAGCGCCUCUUGUUGAAAAUUGUCUUGCUGGAUUCAACAGUUCCGUGUUCGCUUAUGGCCAGACUGGCAGUGGAAAGACUUAUACAAUUUGGGGUCCAGCAAAUGCCUUAUUUGAAGAAAAUUUAUCAAGUGAUCAACAGGGCUUAACUCCUCGUGUGUUUCAGCGAUUAUUUGAUCGUAUAAAUGAGGAGCAAAUUAAGCAUGCUGAUAAACAGCUCAAGUAUCAAUGUCGCUGUUCUUUUCUUGAGAUUUAUAAUGAACAAAUAACAGAUUUAUUGGAUCCAAAUCAAAGAAACCUGCAGAUAAGAGAAGAUGUAAAAUCUGGCGUCUAUGUUGAGAAUUUGACAGAAGAGUAUGUGAAUUCAAUGAAGGGCGUUACUAAGCUACUGCUAAAGGGAUUAUCAAGUAGAAGGACAGGUGCAACUAGUAUCAAUGCUGAAAGUUCUCGUUCCCAUAGCGUUUUUACUUGUGUUGUUGAAUCUCGAUGCAAGAGUGUAGCCGAUGGUUUAAGUAGCUUCAAAACAAGCCGGAUAAAUUUCGUUGAUCUAGCUGGCUCAGAGCGACAAAAGUUAACUGGUGCUGCAGGGGAGCGCUUAAAGGAGGCAGGCAAUAUUAAUCGUUCACUCUCGCAGCUUGGGAACGUGAUAAACAUUCUUGCUGAAGUUUCCCAAACUGGAAAGCAAAGGCAUAUACCCUAUAGAGACUCCAAGUUGACAUUUUUAUUGCAAGAAUCUCUUGGUGGCAAUGCAAAAUUAGCAAUGGUAUGCGCAAUUUAUCCUGCACAAAGCUGUAAGAGUGAAACGUUCAGCACAUUACGAUUUGCUCAACGUGCAAAGGCAAUCAAGAACAAGGCAGUUGUCAAUGAAGUCAUGCAAGAUGAUGUAAAUUUUCUGCGUGAAGUGAUUCGACAGCUAAAGGAUGAACUCAAUCGAAUGAAAGCUAAUGGAAACAACCAAACUGACCCAAAUGCAGGUUACUCAACUGGAUGGAAUGCUCGUAGAAGCUUGAAUUUGUUAAAAUUUAGCCUCAAUCAUCCAAGGGCAUUACCUCAUGUUGAUGAAGAUGGUGAUGAGGAGAUGGAAAUUGAUGAGGAAGCUGUUGAGAAUCUUUGUGCUCAAGUAGGUUUGCAGUAUGCAGAUAUAUAUAGCCAAUCAAAUGAAGUGGCCAAACUAGAGAUAAAUGUAUCAGAUUCAAGAACAGCCACAUCCAAGAUUGGAUGUGUUGGUGAUCCAGGAAUUAAUACAUCUGAAUGUGGCAAAGCACAAGAUGUUGAGGAUCAGCACAUUGAGGAAGAAAUAUUCGAUGAGCUUAGAACUUCAGAAAGAAUGACUGUUGAUUGUGCUGAACCUGCUACGAAUUCCCCAAACAUUAUUAUUGCUCAUGAUAAUGUCAAAGAGAAUCCAAGCCAUCUAACUAUUGAAACAACUGAUGGAGAUUCCUCUGGGAUUCUUAAACCCCCAACAUCAAGUGUCUCACCUAAAGUUAACCAGAGUAGGAAGAGCCCGAGGACAUCAUCUGUGCUCACUGCUUCCCAGAAAGAUCCUAAGGAUGAUGGCCCAGAGGCUACGCAUGUAUCUUUCACACCAACAGAACAUUUGGCAGCAAGCCUCCAUCGUGGUCUUGAGGUUAUUGGUCGGAGUUUAGCAUUGAGGAGAUCUUCAUAUCGUUUUUCAUUGAAACCCGCUGAUUCUAAGCCAAACCUUGCAGAAUUUAAAGUUGAUGCCGGAAUUCAAACAUUCCCUCAAGAUUAUGAGAUUCAAGGAGAAGAAAAUCUUUGUACUAAUUGUAAGCGGAGAAAAAGUCCGGAGGGUGAAGAUAUUGAAAGCUCAAACUUACAGUUAGUAUUAUUCAAUGAGUCUGAAUCUUCUGAGAAAACCAAGAAGCAAGUUCCAAAGGCAGUAGAGAAGGUUUUGGCUGGAUCUAUCAGGAGAGAAAUGGCUCUUGAAGAGUUCUGUGCUAAGCAAGCUUCCGAAAUAAUGCAGUUAAACCGUUUGGUGCAACAGUACAAACAUGAGAGAGAAUGCAACGCAAUCAUAGGACAGACAAGGGAAGAUAAAAUUCUUCGCCUUGAGAGCCUUAUGGAUGAUGUUUUACCUACUGAGGAAUUCUUGGAAGAAGAGCUAGCUUCCCUCAUGCAUGAGCACAAGCUUUUGAAGGAGAAAUAUGAGAACCAUCCUGAGGUUUUAAGAACGAAGAUUGAGUUAAAAAGAGUUCAGGAUGAGUUGGAACAAUUUCGAAAUUUUCAUGAUUUGGGUGAGAGGGAAGUAUUGUUAGAAGAAAUUCAAGAUUUAAGGAACCAGUUACAGUAUUACAUAAACUCUUCUUCCUCAUUAUCUCGAAGACAAAAUUCUAUACUGAAGUUGACAUAUUCAUGUGAUCCUAAUGCGCCUCCACCUCUUUGUGCAAUACCCGAGAUGAGUGAGGAGAGUGCCGAAGAAAAGUUUGAACAAGAGAGAAUUCAGUGGACUGAAGCAGAAAGCAAAUGGAUUUCUCUUGCAGAGGAACUGAGGACUGAACUUGAUGCUGCCAGGUUGCUGGCUGAGAAAAGGAAGCAGGAACUAGAUAUGGAGAAGAAAUGUGCAGAAGAAUUAAAGGAAGCAAUGCAGAUGGCUAUGGAAGGACAUGCAAGAAUGCUUGAACAGUAUGCAGAUCUUGAAGAAAGACAUAUUCAAUUGCUUGCAAGGCAUAGACGGAUUCAAGAGGGAAUAGAUGAUGUUAAAAAGGCAGCUGCUAGGGCAGGGGUCAGGGGUGCUGAAUCCAAGUUCAUAAAUGCCCUCGCUGCCGAAAUUUCUGCAUUGAAAGAGCAAAGGGAAAAGGAGAGACGAUAUUUCAGGGAUGAAAAUAGAGGACUCCAGGCUCAGUUGAGGGAUACUGCUGAAGCAAUCCAGGCUGCAGGCGAAGUGCUUGUACGUCUAAAAGAAGCCGAGGAAGCUGUAGCUGCUGCUCAAAAGCGAGCAAUGGAAGCAGAACAAGAAACCGAGAAGGCUCACAAAAAGAUCAGCACUCUUAACGACCUGCUUGCAGAAUCACGUCUACCUAAAGAAGCAAUACCACCUUCUUAUGACAAGUUUGAUAUUCCCAAAUAUGAUGCAGGUGAGAUACACGAUGCCGGCGAUCAGCGAUGGCGAGAAGAAUUCGAACCAUUCUUUAACAGUGAGGAUGGCGAGUUAUCAUCGAAACUUGCGGAAAACUCAUCAUGGUUCUUUGGUUAUGAUCAUUGCAAUAUAUAGAUCAACAUUAACUGGAGCAACAGUAUGUGUGUAUUUAUGUACGAUUACUUAUAGUUUUGUUGUUGUUCAUCUGGGUACAACCAGUUCUCUCGCCAAUAGGGGACCAUUAUAUAUAUAUAUCUUGGUUCACCUGUUUGGUUUGUAAUCA